GUCGCACUCGCAGCGCCCGCGGCGCACGAGAGCACCGAGAACGUCACCGAGGCCGCCGUCUGAAAGCGAAAAGCCCCUUUGCGGCCUCUCGCUUUCUCCCCAACCCGAACCACAGCCCACAGCAGUCAGCAGCAGACCCUCUCCAUCCAUCCAUGGGACUGAGAUCCCCGCUCCUGCUCGUUCUCCUCCUCGCCGCCGCCGCCUUCCGGCCCGGCGCGGCCGCCUUCGCCCCUCCCACAGGCAGCAUCGUGAAGCAGCUGUCGUCGGUCGUCAGGUGGCCGCGGGGCGGGGGUCCCUCGACGCACGGGCCCAAGCUGCCCGGCCACUCUCAGUAUGCCGAUGGCCAUGUGGGGGUAUCUCUGCAAUUUGAGAGCGGCUACUUUGUAGAGACACUUGUUGAGGGUGACAAACUUGGUGUCACGCCGCACACCAUCAGAGUGUCUCCUGUUGAGGGUGGAGAGCUCCUUGCAGUCGACUCAGCACAUAGCAACAUUGUGCGGAUAACCCCGCCACUUUCUGAGUAUAGCAGGGGAAGACUGGUCGCUGGUUCUUUCCAGGGUCAUUCUGGUCAUAUAGAUGGUAAACCAAGUGAUGCCCGAUUCAAGCGCCCCACAGGCGUUGCCGUGGAUGAUAUGGGCAAUGUUUAUGUUGCUGAUACAGCAAACUUGGCGAUUCGAAAGAUUGGAGAAUCAGGAGUGACCACCAUUGCGGGUGGGAAAUCGAAUAUCCCAGGCUACAGGGAUGGCCCCAGUGAAGAUGCAAAGUUCUCUACAGACUUUGACGUGGUGUAUGUGAAGAAAAUGUGCUCUCUUCUGGUUAUUGAUCGUGGAAAUGCAGCCCUUAGGAAGAUUUCUCUUCCACAAGAAGACUGUACUUACCAGGAUUCUGCGCUUCUAUCUUCAGAUCUCAUAUUGGUCAUUGGUGCUGUUGUGGCUGGAUAUAUCUUUUCUGGUUUCCAACAUGGGUUUGGAUUCUCAGGCUCCGAGAAGGUAGAGGCACCUGAAAACGAGCAGCAUGAGAGCAGCACAAUUGGGAAGCCACCUCUGGUUGUGGAGAGCCUGAAAGAGGAACCAGGAGCUGGAUGGCCAUCCCUUGGGACGCUUAUCGCCGAUCUCCUGAAACUUGCUAUUGAGGGAGUGGGGAAACUACUACUCAGUGUCGUCCCUCAGCGCAUGCAACAUGGAAAGAAGAAAACAGAUCUCACUCCGCUGAGGGACAGGCUGGUGAUGCCCGAGGACAGAGAGGAGACCCCAGCAGCACAGAAGCUCAGCAGCACGCCAAUGAGGCCCGAGACAGUCCAUGCCCCUAAUGCUGUCCCUGAGACAGCAGUAAAGGCCCAGAAGAGCAUCAAGUCAUCCUCCAAGUUCAGGGAUUCAACCCUGUCAAGCAAGCACAGGUCCUCUAAGAGGCAGGAAUACGCAGACUUCUACGGCACCUCCGAGCCCGCACCAGUAGGUGCCAAGGUCCCAAAGGACAGGCUCCGCCACCGUCACCACCGUGAGAAGAGCGGGGAGGUCGCCUACGGGGCCGCCCAUCCCGAUCUGAAGCCCGCGGAAGCGAAGCCUGCUGAUUACAGUGAUCCCAAGUACGAUCCCUACAUGAGGAGCAAAUAUGCUGCCGAGAGUGGCUACAGGUAUUGAACAGCCAAAGGAACUCAUCUUCCCCCUUGCCAUCUACCUGGCAAUGUUGUAGUGUGAGCCAGCGUCCACAAGGGCAAAGCGAGGCGCAACAAAGCUGCUGCCGGUGCUGCUCAUGCCCAUGAGAUGUGGCAAGUAGUCAUCCUGUGGUUAGGUGAACCGUGGACGGGAGCCUGUGUGGACUGGCAUCUGGUUGGUUUUAGGAUGCUAAAAUGUAAUUUUUCGCAGAGGGCGACAUGUAGCCUUGCAGCAGUUUUGAUUUCGAUCUGCUGUUAGAUGUAUCCAUCCAUCCAUGCCUGCCUGUGGGUUGCUUGAGCUGGAGACCUGCGGUGCGUGUCGGCACCUGACAGGAGGUGACACCUCGUGACAGGUAAAUAAACCCUUUGCCGCCGAA